UAGGACUAGUGCUCGCAGUUCCUCCUUUAACACCGUCAUCUUAGCUAGAGCAGCAGCAGUAGGGUGUUUGGAAUUCCGCGGCGCGUCGGGUAAACUUUGGUGGCAGUUUUGCCAGCGAGGUAGCCGUAGGAACUGAACGAAGAGGGGGAAGAGCGAAUAAGCUGAGUGGCUUGGAACGCGCCGGCAGUUCCCGCUAAGCGGCCGCCACGGCUGGAACUACAGGCUGCGUGCGAUUCGCGCGAGUGGUGGGAGCAUGGGAAUCCCUUAGCGCGAGUGGGGACACGCGGCAAAUUUGAAUCUUCCGAGUGAUAGUCCUUUAAUCUGCUUUCUAAUUCACUGGACUGUCAUUUAUGAUACUAAUAAAAUCAGUGAUGGCAUAACUAAACACUGAAUUGGAUGGAUCCGUUGCAAAAAGCUUCAACCAAGUUUUGAUGCAUCCAAACAAGAUUAUUAAAGUUAACUGUCUCGUAAGCUUUUUAUCUAAAAGAAGUCUGUCGCUUCGCCCCUAGUGAGAUAUUGAUUUCCCUUAGCUGACUCCCACGAGGGUCUCAAUCCUUCUCUCUUUCUCCUGUGAGGCAGCAUCACCACCAGCCGGCACGCGGCUCCUCGGCCGCUUUCACUUUGCCGGAGAACGCGCAUUAUUAUCUUGCUAUACAUGUAGUUGUCGCUAAACAUAGAUAUAUACAUUAGUGGGUGGUGGGCUGUUAUAAGUUUACUCACAUUUGUCUGGUGCGCCUGCCCAGGAAAACCCCACGGCACGCGACUUUACAAUGAUCUACUUAGAGUUAAAGUGCUUACCAAGUCUGUUUGUUAAACUCCUCAAGAUUCCAAUUUUUAUACCGUUUAUAUCGAUUGUUCUGCAUUUGGAUCUAGUCUUUGUGUAAGCUCUAAUCAUUACUUAUUUACAGUUGGUAAAUUAUUUAGUGUUUGCAAACACCAAUGUGGAUUUACGCGCCUUGAUUUCAACCAAAGUUACGGUAAUCUAACUUGGAAAUUAAACACAAAUGUAGAAGCUUAAAUUUCAAACUUUUGAGUGGAGGUGUUACAUUUGUUGCUUUUUUUUUUUGGAUUAAAGGAUCAUUUAAGGACUCGAGUGCUUGAUUUCAUCCAAAAUUACGGUAAUCUAACUUGAAAAUUAAACACAAAUGUAGAAGCUUAAAUUUCAAACUUUUGAGGGGGGUGUUACAUUUGUUGCAUUUUUUUUGGAUUAAAGGAACGUUUAAGGACUCUAGUGCUUGAUUUCAUUCAAAGUUACGGUAAUCUAACUUGUAAAUUGAACAUAAAUGUAGAAGAUUGAAUUGCAAACUUUUGAGGGGAGGUGUUACAUUUGUUGCAUUUUUUUUGGAUUAAAGGAACAUUUAAGGACUCUAGUGCUUGCGACAAACUUUGGAAACUUUUUAAGUGAAGCACGUGCCUUUAUAUGGACAAUAUUUUGAUAACAGAAAAGCACACUGCUAAGCGGUUUAUUUUUGAACACGAAUUCGCUUGACCAAUUCCACGUGGAGCUUUUAAUAACAGAUUGACACGCUAACUGUGGUGUCAACAGGCAAUUUUAGGGGAAUUGGGUUUUGUUUUUUUGGUUCGAUGAAUUUUGUUAAAUGUGCAGGUGUUUCAAUUGAGGUGAAAGAGUGAAGGGUGAUUUAUUGGGGUGGAUUUAAACGAUACGCAAUAGUGAAGGAUAUUGUGCACGCCAGUGAAAGCUACAAUGACAUUGGACUUGAGAUAACAAACAACUGAAUGCAAAAGCUCCACUUUUGGGUGUCGAUGUCGGUUGUUGUGGGGGCGGCUCUGUUGUGGGGAAGUUACUCAGAGACAAUUGUUAGUGCUGGGUGAACGUGACACGCGGGAUAACGGUCAGCUGAUCGAGUUUGUUUUCCAAGAUGGCGUCUAAAAAGUCAAAGCAAAAUCACUCGAUUCAACAUCUACUGGAGUUACCAUCCAGCCGUAACGAGAGAGGAUCUGAAAGCAGUGAGCAGCAAUCACCAAGAACAACCCCUCGACAAGUUCCCGUCACCGUCCUUCAUCCGACACCAAAAAAGUUGUACCUGAGUAAAAAUCGCCAGGCAACUCUGGCUCAUCAUCAAUUCCAGCAAGUUUCUUUGACAAGAUCGAUCUGUCCCAGCGAUCACCGACAAGAGUCGCCUCCAACGAGGCGGGAGUAUCCCCGCCGAAUGAUGAACAAGGUGGAUGAACGGGGCAGAUCGCCUGGCACGUCGAUGCGGCCUACCCCUGUCGCAAUCACCUCACCGUCCAGUCCAGAAGAACCUGUCACUCUGGUGGAACUAACCAGCGUGCCAGGUGGACAGAAUGCAAUGGCACAUCUCAAAAAACGGAAGCUGGAAGCUGAUUCGGUUAUCCCGAAGCCACUGCAGCCGCAACAAUCAUCACUGCCGCUGAAUGGUAAAAAACCGUUACAUCAAGUUUGUAGUGCGGGUGGUAGUGGUUAUGGUGGUGUGGGUGUAGGUGUUGUUGGUGUUAAUCAAUCAAGUGGCCAGAUGCAGCAACAGCAGGACAUGGAAAAUUUUGACGUAGCGACAAAGCGUAGGAGAAAAAUUGUGCAUGAUGAUGUGAGAAAGAAUAUUGACCAAAGUGACAAAACUAUGGCGUUGCCCCAGAAAAAACGUGUCUUUAGUGCUAACAAUAACUUAGGCAGCCCGGCUAGAAAAUCUAGUAAGAAUUCUGAUGAACCUGAAGACGAUGAAACUUUGAUACGUGAAACGGAAGCUGCAUUGAAAAGUUUGUCGGGUAGUUGGCCUGGGCCUAGUGGCUCGAUGUACCAAAGAGGCAAUCCUGAUGAAGAUAAAUACGAGUCGAAUUUCGAAAACUUGUUCGAGGAGAAGAAAGACAAUCCGAAAAUGUCACCCUCUUCUGUGUCGACAUCUUCGAGUAAUAGCGGCGAAACGGGCUGCUCGCUUAAAGAUGUGAUUACGUAUCGCGGACAACAGGAUCGACGGUUUCAGCAGAACAAGUUACAAGAGCAUAAGCAGCAGUCACAGUUAAUGAAGAAAAAAGAUGAAAUCUUGAUGAGGAUGGACCCUGAGUGUCAACCAGUGCAGUGUCAGAUGACAGACCCUAAUAAAAUGCGGUCGUUGUCCAGGUCGACGAUGAUGAAAGACAGAAAUGACAGGAUGGCUGAUCUAAGACACGGCGACAAGUAUUCCCGUUAUGACCCACCGGAUUUUAAUGAACUUGUUGACGAUUCUUCAAAUGAACUGGAGAUUGACAUGUCAGACCCCUUGGCUGAAAAGGAAGACAACGAGCGGGAUUGCCCUGAUAACAAGGACAAGGACAGGAUCAAAAGCAACGGGCCCCAUCCGAGACAUCAUCAAAUGUACCCCAACUACCAAAGGUACCCGGAUAACAAUUUAAAAACGUCAACUUCCUCAUCAUCAGCGUUCUCCGGAUCGUCAGCAUUCCGACCUCCGAAUUCUGAGCACACGAAGCCUUGCCGUGCCCCAGUACCUGCAUCAGUCGUAUCCAGCCCGCCAAUAGGACCCUAUCCCGCAUCAGCAACAUUCGUGGGCUUUCCUACGCCAAUUCCUGGUCCAGUGAUGCCAGUCCCACAGCCGGUGAUCCCGCCCUCAGUCGACGAUAAGCACUCGGUGUCGCUUCUCCAGUUGAAAUCACCGAAAGAGGAACACCAACCUCAGCCGGAAGCGGCUCCGAUCGUCGUAAAGCCAACCGGGACGGGAUUGCCGCCUGUUACAUCACCCGACACCUCUUCUAAGCAGUACACCAUCCUCCAGCCAGCUGGUCUAGGCUCGCGGGCUGCCACCGCGAUCCAAGACAUCGCUCGUGAAGGCGUCGUCAGUGUCACCGCUGUCACCAGUGCUGCUGGCAGCAAUACCACCAGCAGUUACACCGGGAACCACAAAAACGGACCCGUUAAUAAUAAUAACAAUAGUACUCUUGCUAACAACAACAACGCUAACAACAAUAGUAACAAUAGUAGCAAUAGUAGCAGUAACACCAAUACCAAUAGUUCUAACAACACCAACACUGGGUCCACGAACAUUGGUAACACGAAUGCCAGCAGUAUCACCACCAACACCACCACCUCUACCACCACUUGUCCAUCAGUCGGUGACGUCUCUACCACAACAGGAACUGGUCCCUCAGACGUGAUGAAGAUGUCAGACAGCAACGGAUUCGACGCCAGCAGACCCGGGAUGUCUAUGUCACCGUCCAGCCUUGCUCGAGAGGGCAACAAGUGCCCGACACCAGGUUGUACGGGCCAAGGUCACGUGACCGGACUUUACUCGCACCAUCGCAGUUUAUCCGGCUGUCCGCGAAAGGACAAAUUAACGCCUGAAAUCCUGGCGAUGCAUGAGACUAUUUUGAAAUGCCCAACACCGGGUUGCAAUGGUCGUGGGCACGUCAGCUCCAAUCGCAGCACUCACAGAAGCCUGUCUGGUUGCCCAACAGCGGCGGCCAAUAAGCAAGCAUCUCGCGAUUCCCGUCACAAAUUAUCAGUAACAGGAGUCCCGCCAGAGUUCAUCAACACAAACUUACUACCCGGAUCGAUGGACGUCAAGGGCUACCCAUUAUACAGCGCAGUGUCCCAAGAAUCAAAGCCGACCGUCAACUCCCCCAGCUACGACUAUUACAAAGGGCCUGGAAUGCCCAGCAAGCCACCAAAGACUCCAGAAGACAGCUCAACGCGUGCUCCAGCAAAAUUAAUCCCCAAAUCAGAAGUCUCACCUCCAACGAGCUGCUGCAACAGCUUACCAGGCAGAAACCCUUCAAAUUCCGAGCUGCUGGUCCCCAAGACCGAGGAAAGCUCUUCUUGUCGAGUAAAUUCACCGCCUCCACCUCCUCCGCCAGUAAGACAGCCGUACGACCCGUAUCUGAACCAGGACUCGAAUUCCUCGUCGAUGUCCUCGAUGGAAGCCAUGAAUUCCCGGCCUAUUGGAGCUACUAUCCAUCAUCCGGGCCAGCAUCCGCCUCACCACGUGCUGCCGAUGCAACCAACUGUGACGUAUCCCAUGUCGAUGGUAGAAGACACGCGGAUGUCCCAUCAAAUGGCUCAGCGGUCCCCCUACGAGCCAAUGAUGAGCGGGACAGCGACGUCUACCACCAACGAGGAGCUCUAUCAUCAUCGGAACGCAGAGCACAGGAGCUACAUGCACCCAGUAAGCAAUGGGAUCACCAGGCCUGUGGUUACGUACUCCAAUGACGUCGGAGCUGCGAGAUACGACAGUGUGGGGGCUGCCAAUCAUCGUCCUUAUGAUCCAAGCGCUGGGUCAGGUUACGAACGGUAUGACACCCAGGGAUGCUCUCCCUUCCAGCAGCAGCAACAGCAGCAGCAGCAACAGCUUCAUCUCAGAGCGAAUAUGUAUUACUUAGGACAAUCUGGGAUGACUCCUGAUGAGCAGGAGCGAGCUUAUCAUCAGGAAGCUGCUGCUGCACAGCAGCACCAAAUGGCCAUGGCUGCUGCUACGGGAGUGAUGAUCAAAUCCGAGGACGAUUUUUGUGAUUCAGUGAAAUGCGUGACGACGGCCCAGGUCCAGAUGCAGAAAUCUGGACCCCCUACGUCGCCCGGCGGCUCUGUGAUGGAUCUGUCGACCUCCAGUGUGACGUCUACCAGUCCCCAGGCGCCGCCGUACGGCUCCAAUAGCCUCAGUCCGCAGUACGGAGGCGGACAGACCGUCGGGGGCAGCCCUCAGGCAGCCGCCAGUCCUCACCUCACAUCCAGCCCCCAGGUUCCGAGCCCUCAAGGACAGACGCUCGAUCUCAGUGUGAAUCGCCUUCACAGCGGAGCUCCUAGUCCUCAAUAUUCGACGGGUCACGGUGAAGCUGUUCCCGUUCCAGUGGGUCCGCCUUUCCCAGCACCACGACCCAUCGAGGAACAGACGGAACCCGUGGAUUUUUCUACGGCUAAUGAACCUGUUAAUUUCAGCGGCGGUCCUGGAAUCAGGCCUGUUGGCUUUCCACCACCCGGAGUCCACGCGGCCGCUUACAGCCGAGAGAGCACUCCUGACAGUGGGGUUUCUCAUUACAUGGAUGCCUACAGAGAUCCUAGUGCAUACGGACCAAUGAGCCCGCACCCAGGCUACGGAAUGACAGCCGUCCAACCAGAGUACCCAGGAAACACAUACACCCCUUACCCAACAGCGGGUUACAACUGCGGAGGGAGCUACCCAGGUGGACCAGUGACCUCUGGAUACCAGAUUCCAGCGGGCUACAGUCCAGCCCCUUGCUACAGCAUGCCUCCUCCUCAACACACCAUCGGAACACUGGACAAGCCCUCGGGCAAGGAUGACGGUUUAUCGGGAUGUCCUAGAGCCGACCGUUCGCAGAUCCAAGCCCACUCCCAAGAAUUAAAAUGUCCGACGCCAGGAUGUGACGGGUCAGGACACGUCACAGGAAACUACAGUUCACAUCGAAGUCUAUCGGGAUGCCCACGUGCUAAUAAACCUAAGAGCAAGCCUCGAGAUGGACAAGAUUCAGAACCUUUAAGGUGUCCAAUACCAGGUUGUGACGGGUCAGGACACGCUACCGGAAAGUUUCUGAGCCACCGAAGUGCAUCGGGAUGUCCAAUAGCGAACCGCAACAAAUUGCGAGUGCUAGAAUCCGGAGGGACGGUCGAGCAGCACAAAGCGGCAGUUGCUGCGGCCACUGCGAUGAAAUUUGAGGGUGUAAAUUGCCCGACACCUGGGUGCGACGGAAUCGGGCACAUAAACGGGUCCUUUUCGACCCACAGGUCCCUAUCGGGGUGUCCGAUCGCCGGAAACACCCUUCGGAAGCCCAAGUUCGAAGACAUGACCAGCAUGUACAGCAAAGGAAUCACCGGGGUGGACGCCGGUGGUCCAGCUCAGGGUGGUGCGUUGGGCGCGGGACAGGGAAGCACGAGUGCUAGUGGACCUGCUGGUGGUCAGGGCGAGGACCUCUACACUCUGGAGGCGGAGAUCACCGAGUUACAGAGAGAAAAUGCCCGGGUCGAGUCUCAGGUCAUGCGAUUGCGCUCUGAGGUUAACGCUAUGGAGAACCAUCUGAAGCACGGAGAGAAGGAAACGACGAGCAUCGCCCAGAGGAACAACCAUCUGACGGAUUAUUACCAGUCGCUGCGCGAUAACAUGAUCACCUUCUUGGAGCACGUCAGGAUACCCAGCGCGCCUGGUGGUCCGCCUGAGAAAAUGGGCCACGAAAAUUUUGACAGUUAUCUCACGAAAUUGCAGACUCUCUGCACACCUGACGGUUACUGCGCUGAUGAAACCAAUCGACCUACUUACGAAACUGUCAAAACUGCACUACAAGAUUUUACUGUCUUGCCGACGCCCAUCUGAGACCAUCAGUCUCGCGGUUGAGUCACGCAAUUUUAUCAUGAUUGUUGAUUUAUUAUUUUAUAGAAUUUUUUUUAAGUAUUUUUUUUUGGAAAGUUUUUGAGUAUUUUGUUUAAA